CUCGUUCCGAGGGCAAUUGUGCACAGUCUGUGGGCAAUAUAUUGGUGGGCACACACGCACCCCUCUGAUCUCCCACGCCCACAGAGAUGGCUGCCAAGAGUAACCACCUCCCCGCCCAUUGCACUUGCAGCAGUCCAGAGGGGGAUAGAGCGCGCAAGGCCACAGGUGCGCGAGGAGGAGGAGGAGGAGGAGGUAGAGGAAGCGAGGCCUGCGCCAGAGGAACUUCCCCCACCUGCUGUCGAGGAGCAAGAGGAGGGUGUGCCCGAGGGAUUGGAGGCACCACCAGAGCCACCGGCCGAGCAGCCCCAAGAUGCUGGGAUGGGCAGAGACCUGGCCAUUCGGGAGGCAGCUCUGGGGGAAGACCCUGGCGGCAGGCGUGGGCCACAACAGAGCCGGCUGCGCCGACCUGUGGUGGAGGCACCACCAGAGCCACCGGCCGAGCAGCCCCAAGAUGCUGGGAUGGGCAGAGACCUGGCCAUUCGGGAGGCAGCUCUGGGGGAAGACCCUGGCGGCAGGCGUGGGCCACAACAGAGCCGGCUGCGCCGACCUGUGGUGGAGGCACCACCAGAGCCACCGGCCGAGCAGCCCCAAGAUGCUGGGAUGGGCAGAGACCUGGCCAUUCGGGAGGCAGCUCUGGGGGAAGACCCUGGCGGCAGGCGUGGGCCACAACAGAGCCGGCUGCGCCGACCUGUGGUGGAGGCACCACCAGAGCCACCGGCCGAGCAGCCCCAAGGUAGGUGCAGGCCUGACGUGCAUCCGCCACUCAAUGAACAGGCAGUAUGUGUCUCACCGAUCAAUAUAACUUUAUUGUUUGAACACCCAACAUUUGAAGGACAACUUCAAGAGUCACAGGCCACAGGCGUGGGCCACCCGGGCACCACCAACCCUCAUAACUUGAACCGCAUAACUGUUAACCAAACGUGA